AUAGAAAAGUUACAGGAGGCUCGCUUUCGCCCUGCUAGCUUCGGAAAUGUUGCCGAAAGUUGUGCUCGCGCUGUGUUUAGUGCUGUGUUUCUGCGGAGCUCCGUCUGAUGGACAGAAGAAGAAAGAGACGCUGCUCUCUGAGAAGGUCGGACAGAUGAUGGACUGGGCUGCGAAGAGAGCCGUGAUCCGAAUGAACGGCGACAAGUUCAGGCGGUUUGUCCGAGCGCCGCCUCGCAACUACUCCGUCAUCAUCAUGUUCACGGCGCUGCAGCCUCAGAGGCAGUGUGGAGUGUGCAGGCAGGCAGAUGAGGAAUACCAAAUCCUUGCCAAUUCCUGGCGUUACUCCAGUGCAUUUACUAAUAAGAUUUUCUUUGCCAUGGUGGAUUUUGAUGAAGGAGCGGAUGUCUUUCAGAUGCUAAACAUGAACUCCGCACCUACGUUCAUCAACUUCCCGCCCAAGGGGAAGCCCAAGCGCGCAGAUACGUACGAGCUGCAGGUUCGAGGCUUUGCUGCUGAACAGCUUGCUCGAUGGGUUGCUGACAGAACCGAGGUUCAUAUUAGAGUGAUUAGACCACCAAACUACGCUGGGCCUCUGAUGCUCGGCCUGCUCCUGGCUCUCAUUGGCAGUUUGGCGUAUGUGCGGCGCAAUAAUCUUGAGUUUCUCUACAACAGAAACGUCUGGGCUUUUUCAGCACUGUGCUUUGUUUUGAUCAUGACAUCUGGCCAGAUGUGGAACCACAUUCGAGGACCUCCGUAUGCUCACAAAAAUCCUAGCACUGGUCAAGUGAGUUACAUCCAUGGCAGCAGCCAAGCACAGUUUGUGGCCGAGACGCACAUUGUUCUUCUGUUCAACGCAGCCAUUACUUUCGGGAUGGUGCUUCUACACGAGGCGGCGACUUCUGAUAUGGACAUCGGGAAAAGGAAAAUCAUGUGCGUGGCUGGUAUCGGGCUUGUGAUACUUUUCUUCAGCUGGCUGUUGUCCAUCUUUAAGGCCAAAUACCACGGAUACCCUUACAGUUUCUUGAUGAGUUAAGCCCAGGCCUCCCAGUUCUUCAGUGGAAGGUUGUUUCAAGAUCCCUUUUUCAACAGAACCUUUUACUCUUCAACAUGCCUUACUGGUUCACAAUAAUAAGUAGUUUAAUUUCUUAUUUCUUCUGUGUGUUGUUUUAUUUUUAUUAUGUUGUUGUUGUUUUUUUUUAUUUAAUUUUCAACAGAUUUCUUUGAGUUGUGUGUUAAACCUUUUUUUUUUUUUUUUUUUUUUAAUCAAAUCAACUGAGGACGUAACUCUGAAAGCUCUGGACAGUAGAUCAGACGUUUUUUUUUUUUCCUGAGUUUAUGGUGAUGCCUGCUGGUGAAUAGGUUCUUAUCCCCCACAGGCUAUGCAGUCUUUCAUUUCUGUGUUCUAACCAUAAGUUGAAAGAAGCAUGAGGACGAGCACAACAUUUUUUUCCACGCUACCUCUUGACUCAUGUACGUUAAAGUGUUCCAAAGCCAAAACGAAGCGGUCCGUUGGUUAGUGUAAUUGCUUUUCUCUGCGGUAAAGGCUGUGUGUAAAAGUACAAUUCUGUUUCCUUAAAGCGUUAAAAUGUUUAAAGUAUAAUGAUCUUUAUGAUGUCCUGUUUUCCAUUAAUGUUUUAAGGCACCCUUGUCAACUUUCCCCUCAGCAAAUCUAUUAGCAAGUCUAGCACAGUUCCCAUGGAGAUUUGUACAGAAUAUUACCUUUGAACCAUGCACAUUACCUGUGAGUCGUAUCAGAUCUCAUACUAUUUAGUAGGAAUGUAACAACAGCUGUUAGGGAUAAAGUAGCAGUGCCCACAGCAUUAUCUACAGCAAUGUUAGCUCAAUCCCUUAAUCCUGACCUGGGUUUUAUUCAACCUGAUGAAGUAGUUAACAGCAGGUGUUCGUCCAAGUGAAAGUGGACAAGAGUGUUGACCGCAGUAAUGGAACUCAGCCCUGGUCCAUUUUUUAAGGAUACGAUUUGCACGCAUAUGCUAAAAAUCAAGGUGCUGCUCUGUGUAAUGCCUCAGGUGAUGCCAUGUGCCAUUAAAAGUGCCUUAAUUACUGGU